AUGGCGACUUUGGCGACAACCACAGCCCUCAUGGCGCUACUCGCGUGUCUUUUCGUUGGAUUGCCGGAGGCAGGCGCUGAAGGUGAAGGCGCAGACGAAGUAGACCUACCAACGCUGAGGGAAACCCUCCAAAGUGCCAUAGAGCUGGAGUGGUCCACGAUCCCACCGUACCUGAGCGCUGCCCUCAGCAUCAAAGACAAAGACAAAGACGGGAAAAACAAGCAAGUCUAUGAUAUGCUGCGGGGCAUCUUGGUGAAUGAGAUGCAUCAUAUGGCGCUAGCAGCCAACAUGCUGAACGCCAUCGGCGGAGAACCCGUGCUGAACGACCCAAACAUCGCACCGCGGUACCCGGGACCCCUCCCCGCCGGCUGCCUCCCACACCUCACCGUGACGCUGGAGAAAAUGUCCAAGUCUCACACGGAAGAAGUCUUCAUGGGAAUCGAAACGCCUGAAUGCGAGGACUCCGUCACAAAAUUCCACGAUCACCUUUCAAAAGUGGCAUCCUCAGGAACGUCCAAUGAAAUGUCUGAAAACUUUCAAGAUGCACUCAGGGAAAAAUGUGAAGAAAAGCACUACAGUCCAGAUACCAUCGGUGCGAUCUACAUCCACAAGAUUCUGUGUCCCAUGCUGAAGCUGGAGAUGAAAGCAACAGAAGAAGCAACAGAAGGCGAAGAAGCAACAGAAGGUGAAGAGCCUACUACCAUAUUCACAGGGAAUUUCACACGUCAACUUUCGUAUCCCUUCGAAGUCAGCAACAUUGACACAGCUAUCAGAGCUGUUGCCUACAUAGUUUCUCAAGGAGAGGGUGGAGAACCUUGCAACCCAUAUGUCAACGCCGAGAUCACUGAUGGCGACCCGAUGGUACUCGAAACAUGCCACUACUACAAGUUUGCCGAGAUCGUCAAAGGAAAGGAGGUGACACUGGAAGUUAGGGAUAAUCCUUCUAAAUCGGAUGACCCGGAAUAUGAGGAUUUCUUCAGCCCGUGCCCUGAUAAGGCCUGUAAGGGCAUUCAGUUCGAGGGAGAUUCAGUGGCUUUCGACGAGGAUGCCGUGUGGCCAAUCCUCUCCAACCCCAGCACCGGGCUCUACCCUCCCCGCUCCAAGGCUAGGAGGCUGUCAGACCGCUUCAAUUCAGCCUACGUGGAUCUGAUGCAGUGCCUGCACGACGUUGUGAACGCAUCUCCGGACAUUAAAAUGGGAGAUUGCAUCGGCAAGAUGCAUGGUCUUCAAAGUGUGGGCGAGGAACUCGUGAAGACACCCAUCGACCCCGAAGGUGAUCCCAACACCGGUCCCAAUGUUGCUCCCACCUACGAGUUCUACUACGGGGCGCAAGAGAUGGAAAAUCAGCAACAGCAACGAAUCGAGCUUUAA